AUGAAUUCCGAAGAAGAAGAAAACUGGGCACUACUUUGCAAAGAUGGCAAAAAACAAUCUCCAAUUGCAUUAAGUAAAGAUAUAGCAAACGAAGUAUUCUAUACACCAUUUAUUUGGGAAAAUUAUGAUAUUAAUCCUUUCGCAAAAAUUAAAAAUAAUGGACAUUCAGCUGAAGUAAGACUACAUAUUUCUUCCCAAGAGAGACCCGAGGUGAAAGGUGGAAGCUUGCCAAAUAUUUAUGUUUUGGAUCAUCUACACUUUCAUUGGAAGUCGGAACACACUUUAGAUGACUACAGAUUUCCUUUAGAACUUCACUUGGUACAUCAUGCAAAACAGUUUGAUAGUCUGGCUUCAGCCGUUACCACUCCACAGGGUGUUGCAGUAUUUUCUGUAAUGUUUGAUUACUCACCAGACGAUGCCGAAUAUUUUAAACCGUUGGUUUCCGUGAUAAACACAGUAACAAAACACUUGGAAUCUCAAAAUAUGUCCGAUUUUUCGUUAAGAAAAUUUUUGCCUGUAGAUACGGCAGGUUAUUACAGAUACGAUGGUUCCUUGACUACUCCAAAUUGCAACGAAGGAAUCGUUUGGACCGUUUUCACCAAUACCAUUCCAAUUUCACAAUCACAGGCAUUAGUUUUUGAAGAACUCUACACCAAAAAUCAAAAACGUUUAAAACACAAUUACCGAUCACUACAAAAUAUUAACGAUAGAUCCAUAUCGAUCAAAGUUAGUCCAUUAAGAGCUGGAAGUCAAUCUACAACUUCAUCAAUUUUAAUAACCCUAAGCUUUGGCAUGAUUUCUUGUAUGAUGUCGAAAAUUAUAUAUUAA